CCGCGUUCUGCGUUCAUGAGUGAAGUCGUUUCCGUGCAAGAUGGCGGAAAAAACUAUGUGCAUAUCACAGCAACAAACAAAACCUAUAAAAAUUUUAAAAUGGAAAGUGAGCGAAGGGAACACUGUCUCGAUCGGAAGAGUAAUCCUUCUGUAUGAUUUUGACGGGGCUUCCAAGGUGGAACAACGCAAGUUGAAGGUAACACAGGCCGGAACAAUUUUUAAGAUUGUGGCGCAGGAAGGCGCCAUUGUCAAGCCAGGCGAGACUUUGUGCGAAUUGAAAGAAUGCACGCAUCCGACGGUGAUGAACGACAUGUGCGCAGAAUGCGGCACGGAUUUGAGGAAAAACGACGUCAGUGUGGCGGCUUCCGUGCCCAUGGUGCAUGCCAUACCUGACUUGAAAGUCAGCGAAGAGCUUGCACAGAAACUCGGCAAAGCGGACGUUGAUCGGCUUAUUAGAGACAGGAAACUUGUCCUGCUUGUGGACUUGGAUCAGACCUUGAUCCACACAACCAAUGACCACAUUCAGCCGAACAUCAAGGAUAUCUAUCGCUUUCAGUUAUACGGGCCCAAUUCACCUUGGUACUUCACAAGGUUGAGGCCCGGAACCCAUCAGUUUUUGAACAAUAUUUACCCGUUUUACGAGCUGCAUAUUUGCACCUUUGGCGCAAGGAAUUACGCACAUAUGAUUGCUGCGGUUCUGGACAGGGACCAGAAGUUUUUCUCAAAUCGUAUUCUCUCGCGGGAUGAGUGUUUUGACCCAACUAGCAAAAAGGCGAACUUAAAGGCUCUAUUUCCUUGCGGGGACAACAUGGUGUGUAUUAUUGACGACAGAGAGGACGUGUGGUCGAACGCCGCAAAUUUGAUUCAUGUCAAGCCGUACCAUUUUUUUCAACACACCGGCGACAUAAACGCACCCCCUGGUUUAGACAAACAUGAAAAUGAUAACAAGGGAGUUGAUUUAACAAAAAUUAAAGACCAGAAAAAAGACGAACAAAUCCAGAAUAACGAUAGUAAAGCGACAGAAAAUGACAGUGAGAAAAAUGGUGAAAAUGUCGAGGAAAGUAAAGUUGAGAAUCAGGUUUCAAAUGAAUCUGAGAGUACAAAAAACGAGAGUAAAGAAAAUACCGAAGAUAGUGAAGGAAAUAAUAAAGUAGAUGAAAAUAAAAACGGUGACGACAGUAGCGAACAAAAAAUUGAAAAUGUUGAAUCUAAAGGUGUGAAUGGUGAAGCAGUAACUAAUGACGAAAAGCCUCCACCUGAAGAAAGUAAAACGCAAACGGAAGGGGACACCAAAACUGAAACCCCUCCGGAAACAAAAAACGCAAUCGAAAUAAACAAUCAUUUAGUAGAAGUUGAAGACCCCGAUGACUAUCUCUCCUAUCUAGAAGAUAUACUAAAACGUAUUCAUCAAGCUUUCUAUGACGCUUAUGAUAAAAUGGAAUCGGGAGAGGUUCCCGACUUGAAGAAGGUGAUUCCCGGGGUGCGAAGUCAGGUGCUACAGGGCUACAAGCUGGUUUUUAGCGGGUUGGUGCCAACUCACAUCAAAUUAGAACAAUCAAAAGCGUACCAAAUCGCCAAGAGUUUGGGUGCUGAAGUUACGCAAGAGCUGGAGGACGACACGACACAUUUGGUGGCUGUUAGGCCAGGCACUGCUAAGGUGAACGCCGGCAGAAGAAAGAAGAACUUGAAGAUUGUUACACCCGAUUGGCUGUGGUGUUGUGCAGAACGGUGGGAGCACGUAGACGAGAAGAUUUUUGCUUUGAAUAGCAAAGGCUCAAAAAACCGGCAUCCACCGCCUCAUUGCAGCAGUCCAGAGCAUAUUAUAAGUUAUCCAGAGCACAAUACGCCCGCUAUGCGAAAAAGGACACCCAGUGGAAGGUUUAUGGACACGAUUAAUCCUCUCAUGUCGUUUUCCAGCGCAGAUAUAGCGGAUAUGGAUAAGGAGGUUGAAGACAUUUUGGACGACGAAAGUGAUAGCAGCGACGAAGAGAAGAACGCGAAAGCAACUGUUGUCAAUUCUGAAGAAGUACACGAAAAUAGUAGCAGUAGUGACGAUUCUCUAGGUGAACAUCCAAAAGGCUUCAAGAGAAAAAGAGAAGGUGGGGACGAAGCUGAAAUUGAUCUCAAUAAUAGUACAGAAGAUGAUGAAACGCCUAGUGUCAAGUUCCGAAGGGGAGAGACUGUAGAUAGUGAAGUGGAUAUGGAACCUGAUUCGCAAGAUAGUGACGGAAGUGUGGAAGCUCCAGACGAAGUGGACGAUGGAGAGUGGAAUAUGAUGGGUGCCGCCCUUGAACGAGAAUUCUUGUCAAAUAAUUAGAAAUAAUUUUUUAAGCCAUCGAUUAUUUUUUUAGACUUGCAGUAUUAAUAGUAACAAUGAAAUCUGUUACCUGAAUAAUUUCACGCUGAAGGAUUCUUAUUUAUAUAUAUAGAAUGUUAAUGUAAUUAUUUUUAAUUGAAUGCUGUGCAGAGUUUCAAAUAAAGACUGUUGACAACUUA